GGCCGAGGCUGCGCGCGGAGCACCGGGCGCCGUCCCAACCAGCCGCGGCCGGUCACCGUGGACAGCUCCAAGGCCAGGACCUCUUUGGAAGCCCUGAAGAUCAGCAUCCGUCAGCUCAAGUGGAAGGAGUUCCCAUUUGGCCGACGCUUGCCUUGUGACAUCUACUGGCAUGGAGUUUCAUUUCACGACAAUGACAUAUUCUCUGGUCAAGUGAACAAGUUUCCAGCAGAGAAGUGCCUGGAGACACAAAGGUCAACCUGGAAACAGAUCUGUCAGCUGGCGUGGGGAAAGAAUGUAGAGGACACCAGGAGCCAUUGCACAGCACCUGUAAAAAAGCCACUAAAAGGCAGAAGUACCACAUCUGUGGUCAGGAGUCACCAUCUACUCGGCAUGACGGAGAUGGUGCGUAAAAUUACUCUGAGCAGAGCAGUGAGAAUCAUGCGGAAUCUCUUCCCUGAGGAGUACAACUUCUACCCUCGCUCGUGGAUUCUGCCUGAUGAGUUCCAGCUCUUUGCUGCUCAGGUUCAAAUGGUGAAAGAUGGCGACCCCUCCUGGAAGCCCACUUUUAUUGUGAAACCUGAUGGUGGUUGUCAGGGUGACGGUAUCUACCUCAUUAAAGAUCCCAGUGAUAUCCGGUUGGCUGGGACCCUCCAGAGCAGGCCCGCAGUGGUCCAGGAGUACAUCUGCAAACCUCUCCUCAUCGACAAGCUUAAGUUUGAUAUUCGUCUGUACGUCUUGCUCAAGUCCUUAGACCCCUUAGAGAUUUACAUAGCCAAAGAUGGACUUUCUAGAUUUUGUACUGAGCCAUAUCAGGAGCCCAAUUCCCGAAAUCUACACCAUGUCUUCAUGCACUUAACCAACUAUUCCCUGAAUGUCCACAGCAGCAACUUCAUCCAUUCGGACAAUGCUAGCACAGGCAGCAAAAGGACUUUUUCCAGCAUACUUUGUAGGCUGUCUUCCAAAGGAGUUGACAUCAAGAAAGUCUGGUCUGAUAUCAUCUCUUUGGUGAUUAAGACCGUCAUUGCCCUGACUCCAGAGCUGAAAGUGUUCUACCAGUCGGACAUCCCCACAGGGAGGCCGGGACCCACCUGCUUCCAGAUUUUAGGCUUUGACAUUCUUCUGAUGAAAAAUCUGAAGCCUAUGCUACUUGAAGUGAAUGCAAACCCCAGCAUGAGAAUUGAACAUGAACAUGAACUUUCUCCAGGCGUGUUUGAAAAUGUCCCCAGCCUGGUCGAUGAAGAGGUAAAAGUGGCUGUGAUCAGAGACACACUGCGCCUCAUGGACCCACUGAGGAAGAAGAGAGAGAGCCAGUCUCAGCAGCUGGAGAAAGCCUCAGUCGAGAAGGAAGACCCUCUGGACAGUGAGCUGGCUGGCGUCCCUGACACCAACCCCGAAGCCCAGUUGCCCUCCAUUUGCCUCAAGCAGGUGUUCCCCAAGUACGCAAAACAGUUCAACUACCUGCGCCUGGUGGACAGGAUGGCAAAUUUGUUCAUCCGGUUCCUGGGAAUCAAGGGGACGAUGAAGUUGGGACCAACCGGUUUCCGUACCUUCAUAAGGAACUGCAGACUCAGCAGCAGCAGCCUGUCCAUGGCCGCCGUGGACAUCCUGUACAUCGACAUCACGAGGAGGUGGAGCUCCAUGACGCUGGACCAGCGGGACUCAGGGAUGUGUCUGCAGGCGUUCAUCGAAGCCUUCUUUUUCCUGGCCCAGAGGAAGUUCAAGAUGCUGCCACUCCACGAGCAGGUGGCCUCGCUGAUCGACCUGUGUGAAUACCACCUGUCCCUGCUGGACGAAAAGCGCCUGGUGUGUGGCCGGAGCGGCACGGUGGGGGGACGGUCCCCCCCCCACCUCCCCCACCAGGACACCUGCCCCCCACCCUGCGCAAAUGGUGCUGACAAGUUCUCCCAUCCCAGACCCACUGUCCCCUGAAGGCCCCUCUGUCCUCCCAGAAGAAGACAGUGCCCUUCAGGGCUGAGGAUAGCCCUGGGAUUCUGCCGGAGAAAGGACGGCAGGCAGGCUGCCAGGGUCCCCGUCUGUGACUCCCGUCGUUCAUCGCCUCUGUGUUCUGCUGAGCUCCUGCUUUGCAAGGCUGAUUCCUGCCACCUUCCUCCCGGCACCUCUCAGUGACACAGCCUGUUUGCCAGUCAUCAGUGGACACAUGACAUCUGAAACGUGACAGAUGGCACCUUCUAUUCUGGGCUCACAGGAAGACCAACUGCAGCACGUCUAUUGUGUUUGGGGUGGGAAGGCACAAACAAUCCCCAAACUGAGCGCUAUAGAGAAGAAGCCGAGCCCUGGAUCUGCUGGGGCCCCCGAGAGCUGCUGGUUAACUCCAACCAGCAUCAUGCUCAUUUCCUACCCUGCAAAAAUGAAGUGGAAAGCUCAAGAAGGCAGGUGUGAAGCCCCGUACCCAGUCAUGUACUACACAGGUGUGGUUAACAGAUCAGCCUCAUUUAUUUCAUUACC